AAAAAAUCGAAGAAAAAAUUAACACAAUGAACUGUGUAAGUUAAAUAAUGAACAGAAGUAGAGUUGAACCUCUUUCUUCCUAUGAAGAUCUUUUCCUAUGAAGCAUGAUUUAAUAAGACUUCUUUAAGGAUGAGUUGCAAACUUUUGGCUGGAGAGAUUUUAACUAUUGAGAGGAUUAAUAGCAAGUGCUUGAAAAAAUGUUUUUAUAAAAUGCUCUAAAGAAUCUUUUUGACUGUCUUCUGGCAAACUAUCAGGCAUUCCUCAACAACAAUGGUCUUGCGAAGACAUUUAACCAAGAACGCUAUCUCUUACGAACCACAAUUCCUUCAAUCUAAAGUUAAUAACUUUAGCUUGAAGGAAUUGCCAAGAACUUUUCUUAUAGCAUAGUAUCUUGCAUUUCAAAAUUUGAUAUUGGAAAAAAGUAUUUUUAUUUCUCAAAUUGUUCUUCAAAGAUUUACUGAUUAAAAAAUUGUUUGAGAAAUUUAUGACAGGAUGAACUUGGCAAAUACAUUGGUUAUUAUUUUGCUUGUUGUGCAGUUGCGUUUACCAGAACUUGUAUUUUAUAUACACAAAAUUUUGUGAAGUUCAAAAGUUUUUAACUUCAUAAUCCUUUAUUUAUUCAAAGUUUUGAAACUUUGUUCAAAAUUCUCAUUUUAAAGUUUUGUUUAAAGUGAAAUAAUUUUUAUUGAAAGGUUCUGUCAAAAUGCAAUUUGCGUUUUAUUGGUUUUUUGCAUUCUUUUUUUUAAAUCAGAUUAUUUGUUUACCUGUUUUGGAUAGUCGUAAAUCCGAAAUUAUAAAUGCGGGAGAAAUUUUUGAGCUUCAUUUUAAUAAUAAGUUGGAUCUGUCAAUAAAUUACAACAAUUGCUCUAAAAUAUUUGAUACAAACACAAUUGCUAAGUUGGGGUCUCAACCAAUAUGUCGGGUGUUUUCAGAAAAUGUUAUCAGAUUGAUUCCAUCUCAAGACGCUAAUUUAACAAUUGAUGAUAGCCUUAACUUUGAUAAUAUAAGUAUAUCUUCCAACAUAUCAUUUUUGAUAGAGAAUUAUACAGCUGCUGAUCAACAACCAAUUAUUAAAAUCAGUGGUCCAAAUAGUAAUUGCAGGUGUCCAGAAACAUUUAAUGAUAGUCUUAAAGUUAACAUUGAUUUGUCUAACUUAACUGGCUAUGCACCAUUAAAAAAUAUUGAAUGGAAUAUAUAUGAUAAUGAAUUUGCUAAUGGGAAAGGAUUGUUUGCUGCUGAACUCCAAGAUUUCCAGGGACAGACUGAGAUUACAAUUCAAUCGAAUUGGUUUACAGCCUCUCAGAAAUACUAUAUUUAUGUACAAGCCGAAAAUGUUUUUGGAAACACUGGAAAUGCUUCAAAAAAAUUUAGUUUUUCUAAUAAUUGUGUACCAUAUGUUGAGAUACUUUUAAACUCAUUAUUUUCAGAUGAUGAUUCUACAGUGUUAAAAGGUUUUGUUACUUAUCCAUUAUGCUCAAACCAAAAUCGUACCUUUACUCCUGACUGGCUUUUACUUGGUAUAGAUUUACCUUCAACCAUUGAUAGCUAUUCAGAUUUGUUUUAUAUACCUCGAGAAAAUCUUCAGGCUAAUAAUUAUGGUGUUAUUUUAAGAUACACAGUAAGUGAUGCAAAUAAAAAUGAGCUAAAAAGUUCUGCUACUUUUGAUUUAAAUAUAAAAACACUGAGUUCUGAGAUAAAAAUUGUUGGAGGAAAUCGAACAAUUGGUAAGUUUAAUGCACUAAAGUUAAACACUGAACUUGUGCACCCAGCAAGCACAGGCUCUUAUGUUUGGUUAUGUUCAACUGAUGAAGAUCAACAGCCCUGUAUUCAAAAUGCAAAAGAUCUUGUUUUUCCUCCAUAUAGUUAUCUGCAGCUGAAUUUAAAGCAACCAGAUCUUUUACCUAAUAGCAAAUUCACUAUUGAAGCUGGUUUUAAAAACAAUGGCUUGACUUCAAAAUCAAAAGUAAAUAUCUUGGUGUUAAAUGGUGAUGUUCCUCAAAUAAAUCUAAAAGCCAAAAAAAAAAAAGUUUCCCACAAUGAGCCUAUAAUAUUUAUAGCAGAUGUAGAAAAUGUUAAAAUGAAUUUUAAUUACACUUGGUUUUGUAGCUACAAAUAUGAUGAUACAAAUCAACCACUUAACCAUGAUUCUCCUACUUUCGUUCAAGUCAAUUCAGUGUUAUUUCCAGGUGGACGUAUACCUACAAUCAUUAAACAGUUUCCUCCAUAUUCUUUUGAUUAUGGUCGUUUUGUUGCUUGUAAAUUUUCAUUUCUUUAUGAAAAUCAAUUAGUUUAUGCUUAUGAAGAGGUUGAAAUAGUCAUACCAAUAAAAGAUGCCAUUAUUAUUGCUUCACCUCAGUCUGGACUUGCGUAUGAGGAUAAAUUUAGGUUUCGUGUAUCUGGCUGGCAUCAAUCAAAUGUUUAUUUGUUUAGGUUUGGUAUUUAUGCUAAGUAUAAUACAAACAAAGAAAGUGAUAAAAUUUAUAAAUCAAUGUGGUCAGCCCAAAAUUGGAUUGAAAAUGUUCAAUUUUUUAUGGAAAAAGGUAAUGGUCCAGGAAAUCAAUUAAAAAUCUUUUAUGAAAUUAUGAAUGAUGAAGGUUUUGUUACUACAAUCAUGUCAGAAAUAGUUUUGAAUCCUUUUAAUGCUCAAAAUGGCAUCAAAAUUGCAAAAAAGGCUUUUGAUUUUAACUAUUAUUUACGAACUGAUCAAUUUCAAUGUGCUGAAUACUUUCUUGAUAUUAUACCUCUGGUUGAUAUGACUAACUUGCUAGCUAAGGAUUUACUUAAUAUACAGAAAAAUCUUUUACUUUAUCUGGCAAAGUUUAGAACACAAGGGUUUAUUGGUUUAUUGGUAACAAAGGCAAUGGAUGUUAUGUAUAAGUUUGUUUAUGCAACAAAAGGAAUUAUGAACCAAGAUACUUUGAUGAAUAUUACUACAACUUUGAAUUACAUAUCAGUUAAUCUCUUAACUGUGGGUCAAGAGAUAGAUUCAAUUAAAAUGACACAACAGUUAGUUGAUAUUUUAAACACUUUGGUAAAUUUUCCUGACAAUUUAAAAGUUAUACUUUCACAAUCUCCAAGUAUUAUUAAGGGGUUUUUAAAUGUAGCUGGAAGUAACUAUGACAACCAACAAGAAAGUUUUUAUGGAAGUUUUAUAAGUGGACUUUUUACUUUGGAACGUUUUCUCCUAGAGACAUCAUCAAGUGUAAUUACUUUAAAUGAUAAUUUGAGAAACAAAUAUCAAAAUUGGCAGUGCCAAAAUAGUUAUCCAUUUAAUUGUACUGGUGUGCUUAUUGUCCAAGCUCAAUAUGACUAUAAUCUAUUUCCCAAUACAACCUUUGGUGAAGAUUGGACACCUGUUUCUGACGUUUAUGAAUUGGCCCUUUAUAAUCCUGCUACAUUUAAUCUACUUAGUACUGAUAAUGAUCCGGAUAAUUUUUAUGAAACCUCACUUCUUUUGAAAAAUAAGGAUAUAGAGUUAAGUAAUAUCAGUAAUGUCCAGUGCCAAGUUUAUAAUCCUGUUCUUAAAAAGUUUGAUCCAACCCUAUGCUAUUAUUUUGCGUAUAUGGAUAAUAAUCAUGCCUUAUGUAGGUGUAAAAGUUUGGGGAAAAUGGUUGCCUUAUAUCAGCCAGGGGCUUUUCCUACAACAGAAUCACCUAUUAUAGAUCCUACUUUGACUUACAUCUUUUAUUUUCACAUGGAUUAUGACCCAUAUUGUUUGGCUUUAACAAAAAGGAAAUCUCUCACAAAUAAAUUUUCAUACCAACUUCAACAAUAUAUCAUUGCAAAAGGUUUAUUAGAAUGGCCAAAGUUAAAGUUGGGUCUAAGAAGAAGCAGAUUGGUUGUUGUUGAUUGUUUUGAUGGAGGAUUCGGUGUUUCAACAAUUGAAAUAAAUAUCAAAGACAGAUAUGGGGAACUGCGAAAUUGGUUUAUUAAACAAGUAAUUGAAAACAUGAUUGAAAAUCAAACAUUUCAAAUAGAAAUGAAACAAGGUGGUAAUAUUGCACUAUUUGAUGUGAACCAAACAACUCCGCAACCAGUUGUAACAAUUCCCCCUAUUAUAGAAAUCAAAACAAAUUGGACAGCACUAAUUGCAUCAGUUGUUGUGUUUGUUUUGUGUUUCUUAGCAUGCGCAUUUGGAAUAUAUUUCCACCAAUCAAAACUUUUGGCGCAAAAGAUUUAUACUAAUAUCAACAGCGAUAAACCUAAAGAACUUUCUGAGGCAGAAAAAGAAAAGCAAGCUAACAAAAAGCUGAAGCUUGAGCGGCUCAAUAAUAUGCACCUGGAGGGGUUCGUUCCAGAAGAAAAAUCAAAAUCCUCUAAAAAGAUUAGACCGGUUAGUGACGCAAAUGCUACCGUAUCGGGAGAUUCGUUUUUUUUCAGAGAUUCACCAAUGUUAGAUGGCGAUUCGGGUCCUCGUUACGCGCUUGACGAUUCUGAUAGUGAAGACAUUUUCACUUCAAAAACAACUCUUAUCAAGUCUGCCAGUGUAAAUGAAGAAUCUAAGACUAAUGAUUCAAAAAGUGACAGCGUAGAACACAUUAAUGACGAAUAAAAUUUUUUAUCUUUACAAAGGCAGCUCUCUUGUAAUGAAAGACCGAAUGCUGAUGGAGAAAUACGAUAAUUUGAAUUGAAUUGUUAUUCUGACGUAGGGCUGCUUGACGUAGUAGAUAAUUUUAUAAUGCACUUCUAGUAACUCUUGAUUUUUUAGCAACAUCCACUUUAGAGAAAUACGUAAGUCAAAGUUGUACACCGAAUCAAAUUUAGUAUUACCGUGUAUUUAUUUAUGUUUAUCUGAAGUUUAUAUUUAUAAUCAUUUUAUUCGAUAAUGUACACAUUAUAAUUUUAUCUUUUUUGUUUAUUUGUUAUUUUAUUAAAAGGAAAAAAAUGUAAUGUAAAUUUUAUUAAAAGGAGAAAAAUGUAAUUAUAUUUGA